UUUCCCUGCGUGACGUCAGAGGAGAAGAGGAGCGGCGCGUUCCGCUCGGGAAAGUGAAGAGAAAAGCGCCUCGAUCCCGCAGCAUCUCGCGCCGAGCGCGCGGCUCCUGUCUGUCCGUGGAAGUUUUUUUUUUUUUUUUUUUUAGAUGCGUGUUUCGGUCGUGGAUCGCGGUCCGCGCGAGGAAGGCGCGGCGCUCCUGCGGGUGACAUCGCCGGUCGUGUCGGACACCUUUGCCCCGUAAGGUCUCCUCACAUCCAACCCCCCCCUCCCGGGGGUGGCACAGAGGGGGCAGGAUGCCGGUCCGACGGGGGCACGUGGCUCCGCAGAACACCUUCCUGGACACGAUCAUCCGCAAAUUCGAGGGCCAGAAUCGCAAGUUCAUCAUCGCCAACGCCCGCCUCGAGAACUGCGCCAUCAUCUUCUGCAACGACGGCUUCUGCUCCAUGUGCGGCUACACGCGCGCCGAGGUCAUGCAGAAGCCCUGCACCUGCAACUUCCUCUACGGGCCGCACACCAAGAAGCUGGCCGUGGUGCAGAUGGCCCAGGCGCUGCUGGGCUCCGAGGAGAGGAAAGUGGAGAUCGCCCUCUACAGGAAAGAUGGCGCGUGCUUCCCGUGCCUGGUGGACGUGGUGCCGGUGAAGAACGAGGACGGCAUUGUCAUCAUGUUCAUCCUGAACUUCGAGCUGGCCGCCGAGGGCAGGCGCCCGAGCCCUUCGGAGAGAACGGCCAAUCACAAGCUGCCCAUCCCCUGGCUCUCGUCAGCUCGGAGGCGAGGGUUCAGACUGCCCCUGCCCCUCCUGCGCUCUCACAGCUCCAGCAAACAGUCUCUGCAGAGCGAUCCGGAAGCGGGGCGGAGCCGCGACAUCUCCUCUCACCUGGUGAACGAGUCCUUGGCCCUCGGGGAGCUCCUGUCCCUGGCAGAACCGGCGCACCCGGAGGAGCGCCCGCCCACUCCGCCUCCGCCGCCAACGCCGCCUCGGCCCAAAGGCCAGCGCGGCCCGCCGGACGACGAGGCGCCCCCGCCCCCGCGCCUGCCCCUGCCCCUCCCCUUGACCUUGUCCCUGCCCCUCCCCCUGUCCCUCCCCCUCUCCCUGAGCCAGUCCUCCGGCCGGCUGCAGUGCCUCAACCCCGACACCUCGCUGUCCAACUGCAGCCUGGCGCGCUCACGGGACAGCCUGCACAGCCUGCGCCGCGCUUCCUCUGCGGACGACAUCGAGGCCAUGCGCUCCGACUGGGACAGGAAGCUGCGCAGCCGAACAGGAAGCAGUUCCGUUGCAGGGGCGAUAAACCACAAGAGCACCCUGGCGAACUCUACCUCGGACUCGGACCUCGUGCGCUGCCGCGCCACGAGCGCCGUCCCUCACAUCACCCUCAACUUUGCGGAAAUGAAGGCGGACCCUUACAUCGCCCUGCCGGCCGGUGACAUGGACAUCAUCGCCCCGUGCAAACUGAUGGACCGCACGCACAACGUCACCGAGAAGGUCACCCAGGUGCUGUCGCUGGGUGCCGAUGUACUGCCGGAGUACAAACUCCAGGCCCCCCGCAUCCACAAGUGGACCAUCCUGCACUACAGCCCCUUCAAGGCCGUGUGGGACUGGGUGAUCCUCCUGCUGGUCAUCUACACGGCCAUCUUCACGCCUUACUCAGCCGCCUUCCUGCUCAACGACCAGGAGAACGGGAACAUGCAAAGCUGUGUCUACUACUGUAGCCCGCUUAACGUGGUGGACCUCAUAGUGGACAUCAUGUUCGUCAUUGACAUCGUCAUCAACUUCCGCACGACCUACGUCAAUGCCAACGACGAGGUGGUCAGCCAGCCCGGGCGCAUCGCCGUGCACUACUUCAAAGGCUGGUUCCUCAUUGACAUGGUGGCGGCCAUCCCCUUCGACCUGCUCAUUUACCGCUCUGGAGAGGAGACCACCACACUCAUCGGCCUGCUGAAAACGGCGCGGCUGCUGCGACUGGUGCGCGUGGCACGCAAGCUGGAUCGAUACUCAGAGUACGGCGCCGCCGUGCUCUUCCUGCUCAUGUGCACCUUCGCGCUCAUCGCCCACUGGUUGGCGUGCAUUUGGUACGCCAUCGGCAACGUGGAGCGCAACUCGUCGUCGCGCAUCGGCUGGCUCGACUCGCUGGGCGAGCAGCUGGGGAAACCCUACAACGAGACGGCGCGAGGCUCAGGACCCUCCAUCAAGGACAAAUACGUCACGGCGCUCUACUUCACCUUCAGCAGCCUCACCAGCGUGGGCUUCGGCAACGUGUCGCCCAACACCAACUCCGAGAAGAUCUUCUCCAUCUGCGUCAUGCUCAUUGGCUCCCUGAUGUACGCCAGCAUCUUCGGGAACGUGUCGGCCAUCAUCCAGCGCCUUUACUCGGGCACAGCCCGCUACCACACGCAGAUGCUGAGGGUGCGAGAGUUCAUCCGCUUCCACCAGAUCCCGAACCCUCUGCGCCAGAGACUGGAGGAGUACUUCCAGCACGCCUGGUCCUACACCAACGGCAUCGACAUGAACGCGGUCCUGAAGGGUUUCCCCGAGUGCCUGCAGGCCGACAUCUGCCUGCACCUGAACCGCAGCCUCCUGCAGAACUGCAAGGCCUUCAAGGGCUCCACGAAAGGCUGCUUGCGCGCUUUGGCCAUGAAGUUCAAGACCACUCACGCCCCCCCAGGCGACACCCUGGUGCACGCCGGCGACGUCAUCACGGCGCUCUACUUCAUCUCGCGAGGCUCCAUCGAGAUUCUACGUGACGACGUCGUCGUGGCCAUCCUGGGGAAGAAUGACAUCUUCGGGGAACCCAUCAACCUGUACGCACGGCCAGGGAAGUCCAACGCAGAUGUGCGCGCCUUGACCUACUGCGACCUCCACAAGAUCCACCGCGAAGACGUCCUGGAGGUGCUGGACAUGUACCCAGAGUUCUCGGAUCACUUCUGGAGCAACCUGGAGAUCACCUUCAACCUACGAGAUACUAACAUGAUUCCCGGCUCCGCGAGCAGCGAUGACUCCGACGGCGGCAGCUUCAACCGCCUGCGCCGCCGAAAGCUCUCCUUCCGCCGUAGAACCGAGAGAGACGCGGAAGACGUGGGGGAGAUCAGGCAGCCCCAGAGGAACGCACGGCGCUGUCUACGGCGGUCGGCCGGCAACAGGGUCGAGGGGCUCUGUGCCGAGCGGGAAGAUCCUCGCAGUUCCGUGUCGACGCCCUCUCACUCUAGCGGCGACGAGGGGGAGGACCCCGUCCACUCUUGCCCCGUCCCGCCCCCGGCGCUCCUUGACCUUUCUCAGCGCCACGCCGCCCACUUCACCUUCGGCGAUGCUCCGGACGGCGACGGCGACUCCCAGACCGGCAACACCUGCAACGCCUUGUCAGGUGCCCUCUCCGGGGUCUCCAACAUCUUCAGCUUCUGGGGCGAGAGCCGCGGGCGCCAGUACCAGGAGCUACCCAGCCGCAGUCUGCCUUCGCCACCCCCCCCCGGCGUCCCGCUGCACGGCAUCACCCAGAGGCAGCGCAGUGAGCUGGAGAAUCGGCUGGAGCUGCUGCAGAAGCAGCUACACAGGCUGGAGACGCGGAUGCUGGCCGACAUCGGGGCCGUCAUGCAGCUGCUGCAGAAGCAGAUGGUGUCGGUGCCCCCAGCGUACAGCACGGUGUCCGCACCCCCGCAGCCCUCUCUCCACCCGCAGCCCGGGGGCCUCUCGCUAGAACCCCUGAGCUCAGCGGAGCCCCGGCCCUCGUCCUCGUUCUCUCAGAUGCUGGACUCCCAGGUCUUUAAGAACCUCCCUGCCCCGUCUCACGAGUCCAGUCACGAAGGACCUCCCUUAGGCCUCUCCAGCCCCCCGGAAGCCGCCCUCCCAGAACCCGAGUCCCGGCGCCGGCUCUCGUUGCCGGAGCAGACGGCCAACUUAGACUCGCGGAUCCCACAGAGACACGGCUCGGACCCGGGGAGCUAAGGUGGCGUCUCGCUGGGUCUCUGCGCACCAGUGGCCUCGUGCGGUUUCCUGCAGGGGAGGGGUCCGGUGGCUGUGGGCAAAAGAACGCGAGAGAAGUUUCACUCCCAUCAUCUGGCAAGGACUUGAUGCACCCGAGGGAAGGUGGACCUGCCCAACUGCUGGAACCUGCUGGAAGCUGCUGGAAGCUCUUCAUCUCCCCUUCCAGCCCCAGCUACCAUUAGGGAGAAACACGAUCCUCGCGCAGGACUGUCCGCCCUGCCGAGGGCCUUCUUGUGGACGUGUACAACGUCUGCACAAAUGUCCCUUUACUGCUGUAUGGACAAUAUACAAGUAGCCAUUAUGUCUUGCACUACUAUUUCGGACUCUAUAUCUUCAAGUCCCCAGAGCUUCCGAAGCUGGUGGACGGACGUAAGUGUUAGCUGGCCUAACGCUUGUGGGCCGCUGGGACCGAGCAGCAGUCAGGUGCGCUGCGCCCACUCGCUCCUCCAAGGGGGGGAGCUAAAGCCAUGAAUCCCUGACGCGGACAAACAUAUCAGACUCACAGCGGACACGUCGUCCAGGGCUUAGGGAGCACUCAGGAGUCGGCGAGAGAUGGCGACACAGUCUCAGUGUGUUCGUUCAGUAGCGCAGGUGUCACUUGCACUGCAUGAAUGGAGCGGUUUGGGAACCCCACCGCACCCCACCCCACCCACCCCCAAUCUUUCACCCAUCAUCACGCUUUCUAAAGGAUGAUGUCUUCACCAGUCUGUGGGUGGCGGGGGUUCUGAGGUGGUUCAGCCUUUCCGGGCCAUUGUGGGACGCCCCGCUGCGUAUGAUGGGGUGUAACUCCUGUUCGGUGUGCACGCACAGCAAAACGCCUGUCGCUCCAUGGAAACGCUGAAGAGUUGACGGUUUGAACUCUUCUUUGUGUGAAUAUGCACCGAGUUCUUAACUUUUCCCAAAGCCGCAACCUCUUCUUCCUGUUGGACUUUGCUCUUCUCUGUUUUUUCUCGUACAUCGCUGGCUUCUCCCUGUUGCCAUGCCAACCGUGCACUGUCUCUCUAGGGGCAUUACACAUUUGUGAGGAGAACAGGCGCGUUAAACCCCCCCCCCCCAGUAGUAGUUCACUAGUUCGCCACACAGAGCGGUAGCUUAAAUGUGACCAGUACGAGUUCUGUUUGCGUAGCCCUUUCCUAAGUGAACCUUUACUAAGUAUCGUAGCUGAAACAUGGACUUAUUGUGGAGAGUAAAGAAAACUCCCACUGGAAGAAAAAUGUGUGUUUAUCAUCAUCAGCUGCUCUCCUGCUUUUUCCUGCUUUCAGAAACUUGCUUUUCUCCGUUGUGAAAAAAAAAGAAAUCAAGGGGUGAGUUAAUGGACUCGGUCCUGUGGAAACUCAUUUGACGCGGCUCACGGACACAUUCGAUGGCCAUUCGCGUUUCUGCACCUGUCCUGUUGAAGUAUCGCAAUCAUGCUGGACACCACGAGUUCCGCAUGUCUUCAAAAAUUAGUCCAAAAUGUUACUUGGCAGAGAAUUCAAAGUCGUACAACAGGUUCAUGUUUGGGCGAAAAUGAAAAGAAGGAAGCGGUCAGUUUAAAUGGUGUCUGGUAAAGCGUGGUACCGUGUGACAGCGAAACUGCCCUGGGCCCAGUGUUGAGUGUCAGUCCUUCUUCUUGUACGAUCUGCCUCCACUGCACUCAGCUCACUGUUGCUGGGGGUGAAUCUGUUCCACUGUCCUUUGGCUGUUGAACUGCACAGGUACACACACACACACACACACACACACACACACACACACACACUUUGUAAGAGUGAGAUGAGGGGUUGUACACUUAUAUGUAACGUACAGAUGUAUGGAGGAAAGCCAGACAGACAUUGUAGGGACGUUGGAGCUCUUAUACCUACAAUCCCCCGAUCUUGUAUGAACACACACAUUAGGAACGUGAGCCAUGACCUUCGAGCGCCGGAAUGGAGCUGUUUGCAGCACCUGGAGUCCUGAUGCUCGAGCCAUAAAGAGUCUUUAAUCGAUUAGAGGAAAACAUUAUUAAGCGACGGAAAAUUCAUGCAAUUAUCACCAUUAUUAAAAAUGAUUCCAGGAAAAUGCAUAUUGGAAAUGAACGGGUUUUCACAGAAGCAGCGAAGGUGAAGAACCUUCCGGAAGGCUGCAGCGGAAGGAGCCACCCUAAAUCAGCGCUCGUAACCCUGCGGCCCAAGGUUUUGUGUCUGAAGCGCUGCCACCACCUGCGGUUGCCUGGGCCGACCACCUACCUCCGAAAUGAGACGAAACUGCAGGCUCCCCGUUGUCUGCUCCUCGCUCGUCCGCUCACAUGGUGUGAGGCUGUAGUUGUGUGUGUUUUUUUUAAUACUGGAGAUUCUCCAUAAUGCCUGUGAUUGAAAACCCGUCCAAUUUACAAGUGAUGUUUGUCCGCCUCUGAACACACUUGAUUUUUUCUCUCCGCAGGCGGAUUUGUUUCGUACCGCUGUAUGUAUGUAUGUAUGUAUCUGUGUGUGUAUGUGUGU